CCGUCCGUAUGGUGCUCUGUCCGACCGUCCGUCCGUGUAGUGCCUUUUUUUCCAUUCCGGGAACGGAUCCACAGCCAUUGUUGCUGCUGCUGUAGUGCUGCUGUUGUUGUUGUUGUUGUUGUUGUUGUUGUAAGGUGGCCAAGCGGGGACGAACGACGUGAACUCGUCGGUGUGUGUGUGUGUGUGGGUGUGUGUGUGUGUGUGUGCGUGAGUUGAAUGUGUGCAAGCGACGUAAUGUCCAGCCACAGGACAACCGGUACGGAUCUCCUGCUGCAGACCGUGAACAGUGGCCGAAGUCGGAGUCGUGGUGGUGGUAGUGGCGGACAAAGCGGCGGCGGCGGCAGCAGCAACAGCAGCACGGUCCCGGCAGCCGAUACCGGAGCGGGACUGCUGGCCCAGAACCAGAAUCUGCUGCGGUUAGCGCUCAAGAAGCCGACCGAAUGGCAGUGGGAGCUGACGACGUCCAGCUCCUCGCCCAACAUUCACUUCCCCCGCAUCCAGCUGUACGAUGGUGCGAGCGGCGAGCUGAUGGUCGAGGUCGAUCGGCCAGACUGCGUGAUACGGUCGAAUGGGGGCGCCAACCCGGACGAAUCGGUCACCGAGCCGAUCGCCCGUGGGCCGUACCGCCGCAGCCGGACCACCCUCGUCAAGGAGCGGCUAGUGACAUCCGGUGACUCGUUGGCCGACAUCUUCAACCAGCUACACAGCAAGGGCCUUGGCCACAAGCUCUCGACCAGCCGAUCCCAGUAUCGGUUCCUGCAGAAGAGCCAAUCGACCAGCGUGGUUGUGGCUGAGCCGGAGUGUGCGAUCCCUCGCCGUCGGUCGCGUCGCCGCUCGGUCGCUAGCCGCUCGUCCUCCAUCCUGGGUCGUAUCAGCGAGUUCUACGGUCGAAACGGUAGCCGCAGUAGCAGUAGCAGCAGUAACAGCAGCAACAGCACCAACAGCAGUAUUAGUGGCUGCUCAAUGACGCAGGAACAGAAGAGAUCACAAGCGACCCCACCACCACCACCACCACCACCACCGUCGAUACUUAUACUGCCACCUGAGGAACUGAUGACGUCAACCGGGCACGGUGUCACGAUCGAGGAAGUCGUGGAGGAACCACCGACACUGGCACCGGCACCGACACCGGAACAGGCGACUGCGACGCGGCCCAAGAUCUACAAGCUGGUGCGGAGCAAUGCCGGCACGCUGAUGGUGCGCGAGGAAAGCUUCCACACGCAGCGUAGCUUACGGCGCCGGCAGCGCCAACAGCUGGCUACUGGCUUGCCGCAAACCGCACCCGCACCCGCACCCGCACCCGCACCAACCUCUCCACUGCAGCCACCGCCACCAUUACUAGCCGCAACGACGUCGGACCGUGAACCAUCCCGGUACGAGCCGGCAAUCAACCAGAUCGAUCGGUUGCUGUCACAGGUGAUGCUGCGGUCGCAGGAUUUGCCAGAGGAGCGUCGCAACCGUCGCGGCACACCGCGUACCAGCAGUCCCGCCGCCGCACCACCGGGGCCGGUACAUCGGGCGCGCCGAAGACGCAGUGCCAGUGUGACUCCGACCAACAGCCAGAGCAUAUCGCCACCGCCGUCGCCCCCGGUUCGUCGAUCCGUCGUCGUGCGCCGGUCCUCGUCUAACUCACCGGCACCGUCCGGCACCGGUGACACUCCCAGCAGACGCUCCAGCAGACGGACACACCAACGGGGCCGACGGUCCAGCUCCAGGGAACCGCGUGGCGCCUCCACCGUUCACGGUGCAGGGCGUGCGCAUGGGCAUGCCGGUGACGUGGCAGGGCCAGACGGUGGAGCGCAUCCGAUCGGUCGAUCCAGAUCGGACCAUCGUCGCGAUGCUGCAUCGUCGAUCGCCGAUCCACCUCGGGCCAUUCCAGUGGCGACGCUCGCAGCGAACAGAUCAUCAUCGGCCAUCAGCAGCAGCAGCAGCAGUAGCCAGUCAGUGAAGCCAAGUGCAUCCCAAGUGUGCAGUGCAGCAGUGCUCCUUCGCUCGCUUCGUGCUCUCUCACCGUCCACCACCAGUGGUUCACCGUCGAGCGGAUUCGUUUCGAUCGGGCGCCAGCGUACCAGUUACCAGGAAGCAGCGAUCUGCCCCGAACAGUCGUCCAUCAAGAGCCACCGAUCAACCAGCGAGGACGAAGGGGCGAGGAUGCAGCGACCGAAGCCAAGCCACGGCCACAAACGCUCGUACAGCUGUCUCGGUUGUGGUGGUAGUGGUAGUGGCAGUGGUGACGGUGCUACUAGUCAACCCUCUUCUAGCUCUUCUUCCACUUCCGCUUCCUCGCCACCGCGGCCGGCCACUCGUUCCCACGCGUUCGCCCGGUUCGUCGAUCUUGUACGCAAACCACCGACCGGUGCCCCAGCGACGGCGACUAGGGCGGCGACUAGGGCGGCGACUAGGACGACGACACCGCCGCCGGCGACAGGCACCUUUCGGAAGCCAGCACCACCACCGCCACGGCCACCGGUGGCCACCGCUGGCGAGCAGCCACCGUCGUACGCGGAUGCAGUCCGCCAGGGGGCCACCCCUCCGGAUCCCCCAUCACCCGUGCCCACCGAUGCGCCGCGUUCGGCAGCGGCCGCGGCAGCGGCAGCGGAGCUGUCCUCGGAUACGCGUCGCCGCUGGAAGUACUAUGCGCGCAAGCAUCACCGCACUGCAUACCAGGACACUCCUUAGGCGCGUCCGAAGGCACCACCGACGAUGGCGAGGGUUCCGGCCGGUUGCCCGAUUCUGGCGGCCAACCUCCGUGGACAUCGAUCUGCUCGACCUCGCCACAGUCGCCUGCGCGUUCCUGCUCAUCGGUGCGUUCGUCCGGACCGUCUACCUAACGCUUACCCUAUUGCGCCUCGAUUAGCGAAACCCGCCACCCUUCCCAGCCCACCCCCCCUUUCAUCGAUGACGUAGCGAUGCGGCCCCCGCCAUCAACCCGGAACGCUAGAGAGAAAAACGAGAGAAACCCAUCAACCCACAACCCACCCAACCAUCAUCCAGCCAUCAACCAUUAACGUGCGUGCGUGCGUGCGUGCGUGCCCCAGUUAUAUGCGAGUGCGUUUGUGUUUGUGUGUGCGUGUCAACUAAAACCAAAAAAAACAUAAAAAGUUAUCCAAAAGUUGCAAAAACCAACAACAAAAAAAUCGUGAAAGCUCCUGCCAGCCAGCCAGCUGCCUUACACUAACAAAACCUGCCCUCCCCCCCC